AUAAACAGACAGUAAUAUAUAUAUUUAUUUCUCCUUCUUUUUCAAUACUCUGGAAGCAACAAUGGUGAAUUGGGCUAUGCACCGGACCUUCGAGAGCACCGCCAAUCUCGCCAACCUCCUCCCCACGGGCACGGUCCUCGCCUUCCAAAUCCUGUCCCCCACCUGCACCAAUCUCGGCCGCUGCACCGGUGCGAACCGGGCCAUGACCGCAAGCCUCGUGGCCCUCUGCGGUCUGUCGUGCUUCAUCCUGAACUUCACCGAUAGCUUCCAUUCGGGCGAUGAUGCCGAAGGGAAGGUGCGGUACGGGCUGGCCACCUUCAGGGGCCUGUGGGUCUUCGAUGACCCAGCUUCUCUUCCUCCUCCGGAGAUGAUGGCCAAGUAUCGAAUAAGGUUCAGGGACUUCGUCCAUGCCUUCACGUCGGUGUUGGUCUUCAUGGGGGUCGUCCUGUGUGAUAAGAACGUGGUCUCGUGCUUCUACCCGAUCCCCUCGGAGAAUAUGGAGCAGGUGCUCGCAGCGCUGCCGCUUGCGAUCGGAGUGCUCGGGAGUGCGUUGUUUGUUGUUUUGCCGACCACCCGCCAUGGAAUCGGCUUCCCACUCUCUCCUCCUUCUAUGUUUUUGUCUUGAUUUAUGGACGAACCCAUGCAUGCAUCAGUGAAGUAGUUGAUGUAUAGGUCCGAUGCUGGUAAGCAUCUUUACACAAUAUAAGCUUGUGAGGCUUGUGGUGUUUGGUUCGUCUGGUGCAUGCAAUUCUAAUCCUAUCCUUGCAUUAAUAUUGGAUUUGGAACAUGCA